UUUGGGAUUACAGGCGGGAGCUACCGCGCCCGGCCAAGGCGGCCUUCUUAGGAAGCGCGCGUAAAACCCCAACUUCCCGCUCUGGCUCUACGGCCGCUGGGGAUCUGAGUAGGCUCCUCCCCGCCCUGGCCCCGCCCCUCCUGGCCUCCCGCCGCAAUCUUGGCGGGAAGGCGCCGGCAGCUAAGAAGCCGAAAGAUGUCCAGGUCGGGCGCGGCGGCUGAGAAGGCGGACUCCAGACAGCGACCCCAGAUGAAGGUAAAUGAAUAUAAAGAAAAUCAAAACAUCGCUUAUGUGUCUCUGAGACCAGUACAGACUACAGUUUUAAUAAAAACAGCUAAGGUCUAUCUUGCCCCCUUUUCACUCAGUAAUUACCAGCUAGACCAGCUUAUGUGCCCCAAAUCCCUAUUAGAAAAGAAUUCUAACAAUGAAGUGGCAUGUAAGAAGACUAAAAUAAAGAAAACUUGCAGAAGGAUUAUACCUCCAAAGAUGAAAAACACAUCUUCCAAGGCAGAAUCCACGCUGCAAAAUUCAUCCUCAGCUGUUCAUACUGAAAGUAACAAGCUACAACCCAAGAGAACGGCAGAUGUGAUGAAUCUCAGUGUCGAUGUGGAAAGUAGUCAGGAUGGAGACAGUGAUGAAGAUACCACACCAGGCCUGGAUGAUUUUUCAGGAUUGUCACCCUACGAAAGGAAGAGACUGAAGAACAUAUCAGAAAACGCAGACUUUUUUGCUUCUCUUCAGUUGUCUGAGUCUGCUGCAAGACUCCGUGAAAUGAUAGAGAAGAGACAGCCUCCUAAAUCCAAGAGAAAGAAGCCUAAGAGAGAAAAUGGGAUUGGAUGUAGAAGGUCAAUGCGAUUACUAAAAGUUGAUCCUUCGGGAGUUUCAUUACCAGCAACUCCAACACUGCCGACAUUAGUAGCAGAUGAAACUCCUUUGUUACCUCCUGGGCCUUUAGAAAUGACUUCUGAAAAUCAAGAAGACAACAAUGAACGAUUUAAAGGAUUUCUGCAGACAUGGGCAGGAAUGAGCAAGCCAAGUAGUAAGAACACUGAGAAGGGGUUAUCUAGCAUUAAAAGCUACAAAGGCAAUUUAAAUGGCAUGGUCAUUAGUGAAGAUACUGUUUACAAAGUUACCACAGGCCCAAUAUUCUCUAUGGCUCUCCACCCAUCAGAAACUAGAACUUUAGUAGCAGUUGGGGCCAAGUUUGGGCAAGUUGGACUUUGUGAUUUGACCCAGCAACCUAAAGAAGAUGGAGUUUAUGUUUUUCAUCCUCAUAGUCAGCCAGUUAGCUGUCUUUACUUCUCACCCGCCAAUCCGGCCCACAUACUGUCACUGAGCUAUGAUGGCACGUUACGCUGUGGGGAUUUUUCCAGGGCUAUUUUUGAAGAGGUGUAUAGAAAUGAAAGAAGUAGCUUUUCCUCCUUCGACUUCUUGGCAGAAGAUGCCUCCACUUUAAUAGUAGGACACUGGGAUGGAAAUAUGUCACUGGUGGAUAGACGGACACCUGGAACUUCUUAUGAGAAACUUACCAGUUCUUCUAUGGGAAAAAUAAGAACUGUUCAUGUCCACCCAGUGCAUAGACAGUAUUUUAUCACUGCCGGAUUGAGGGAUACUCAUAUUUAUGAUGCAAGGCGAUUGAAUUCCAGGAGAAGUCAGCCUUUGAUUUCUUUCACUGAACAUACAAAGAGCAUUGCUUCCGCCUAUUUUUCACCUCUUACUGGUAACAGAGUGGUGACCACAUGUGCCGACUGUAAUCUGAGAAUUUUUGACAGCAGCUGUAUAUCUUCUAAGAUUCCUCUCCUUGCCACCAUCAGGCACAACACUUUCACUGGGCGAUGGCUGACCAGGUUCCAAGCCAUGUGGGAUCCUAAACAAGAAGACUGUGUCAUAGUUGGCAGCAUGGCCCAUCCACGACGGGUAGAAGUCUUCCAUGAGACAGGAAAGAGGGUGCAUUCGUUUGGUGGAGAAUGCCUUGCCUCUGUGUGUUCCAUCAAUGCCAUGCACCCAACUCGGUAUAUUUUGGCUGGAGGUAAUUCCAGCGGGAAGAUACAUGUUUUUAUGAAUGAAAAAAGCUGCUGAGUUUUUGGUUUAGGAACAACAAUAUGUUCAAAUUGACCACUGUCUAAGGAGCCUAGUAAUUGGCGUGCCUUAGUGUGUUAUUUGGUAAUGUUACAUUUAGCAAAUAUAACAUUGUUUUAUUAAUAAGACUAUAAGAAGAGUGUACUUUUAGUAAGGGAGAAGUCUUGGAGGAUUGCUUCUGCGGGACAGGGAGGGAAUUUGAGGGGAGGCUGAGGUGCCUUCAGGACUUUUUUUUUUUUUUUUUUGAGACGGAGUUUUGCUGUUGUUGCCCAGGCUGGAGUGCAAUAGCGUAAUCUUGGCUCACCACAACCUCCGCCUCCCAGGUUCAAGCGAUUCUCCUGCCUCAGCCUCCUAAGUAGCUGGGAUGAUUACAGGCAACUGCCACCACACCUGGCUAUUUUUUGUAUUUUU